UAUAAACUUCGUGUAUUCAUAUUUUAGAGAGAGAAAAAGAAAGUCUUCAUGGCUAUGGAACAGGAGAAGAAGCCUCAUGCAGUAUGCAUACCAGCCCCGCUACAAGGUCACAUUAACCCAAUGCUAAAACUUGCCAAAAUCCUCCAUUCAAAAGGCUUCAUCAUCACCUUCGUAAACACUGAGUUCAACCACCAACGGCUUCUCAGAUCUCAGGGACCCGACGCCCUAAGCAACCUCCCUUCCUUCCACUUUGAGACUAUUCCCGAUGGCCUUCCACCGCCGGAAAAUCAUGACGCCUCACAAGAAAUCCCGACUCUUGCCAAAUCCGUUGAUGAAACUUGUUUGGAUCCAUUUAAAGAUCUACUCACCAAAUUAAGUGAUUCUUAUUCACCUGUUACUUGCAUUGUUUCUGACUUCCUUAUGGGAUUCACGCUUGCUGCCGCCACUGAAUUGGGUAUCCCGGAGAUACUCGUGUGGACUAGUGGAGCUGGUUCUCUAUUAUGUUACGAUCAGUAUCAAAAUCUUUUGGAAAAGGGUUUAAUGCCCCUCAAAGAUUCGAGUUUUCUAGUAAAUGGUUAUUUGGAUACAGUUGUAGAUUGUAUACCUACCAUGUCUGGAAUACGUCUAAAAGAUUUCCCUCCAUUCAUUAGAAUUAUCUAUCCUGGUGAUGAGUAUAUGGUUAAAUUCUUAUGUGCGCAAAUAGAAAGAGCAAAAAUGGCUUCCGCCAUCAUUUUCAACACAUUUCAUAAACUAGAAAGUGACAUUUUUGAUACACUCUCUUCAAUGUUUCCUCCUUGCUACGCAAUUGGCCCAUUUCAUUUCCUUGAAGACAAGAUCGCUGAUAAAUCUCUAGGGUCCAUCAAAUCAAACCUCUGGAAAGAAGAACCAGAAUGUCUUAAAUGGCUAGACUCCAAACCACCAUUAUCAGUUAUUUACGUGAAUUUUGGUAGCAUUGCUGUGAUGACACCUCAGCAACUAGUGGAGUUUUGUUGGGGACUUGCAAAGAGCAAUUAUUCAUUCUUGUGGAUAAUACGUCCAGACCUUGUGAUUGGUGAGUCUGCAGUGCUUCCACCCGAGUUUUUAGAUGAGACAAGCGAUCGAAGGUUUUUGGCAGGAUGGUGUCCUCAAGAACAAGUUCUAAACCACCCAUCAAUAGGAGGGUUUUUAACGCAUAGUGGAUGGAAUUCAACGCUCGAAAGCAUUUCCUGUGGAGUACCAAUGAUUUGUUGGCCUUUUUUUGCAGACCAACAAACGAAUUGUUGGUUGAGUUGCAACAAGUGGGGUAUUGCCAUGGAGAUUGAUAAUGAUGUGAAGAGUGAUGAAGUUAAAAACUUGGUUGUUGAGUUGAUGACCGAAGAAAAAGGAAAUGUUAUAAGGAAGAAUGUCACUGACUUUGAAGAACAAGGCUGAGAAAGCAUGUACCUCUUCUGGUUCAUCCACGGCUGAUUUCGAGAAGUUGAUCCAUUUGAUGCAAGAUUCAAAAUGAUUCGUAAUUUAUUUUACGUAUAUGUCUUUGUUACAAGUUAAGAAUCCAUUGGUUUGUUAUUUUUUUGUACUUUUGAAUUGAAUAAUAAGGCUAAGUCAUAAGUGUUGCAACAUAUAUAUAGAACCGACCAACUAUCAUCACUAUUC